AACCCCAUCUUAACUCCUCUAUUAAUACCCCUCCCCCUCUACGGCAAUAAACCAUUCAUCUAUAUCUAUCCCUGGCCUUGAAAUUUAGCUACAUACAUACAUUUUGAGAGAGAGAGAGAGAGAGAGAGGGUGCUCUUCAUGAGAGUAGCUCUGGACGGUGGGUUAGCAGAGGAGGAAACAAGAUUUUUUUAGUAGCUUGAUCGAACAUCAUCAUCAUCAUCAUUAUGUGUAAUCCAGACAACACCACUACCCUGUUGACCGAGAAACCACCACAGAAGCCACGAACUCAUCUUUACAAUUACUUGGAUCUCUUAUCACUCCCCACCACCAUUAAAAGCCUGGAAAAUCUCAAAACAAAUCCACCACCACCACCGCCGCCGCCAGAAAUACACCCUUCUGUUUCAGACUUAAUCUCUGAAACUAAAUCACUUUUCAAACUCGCCUUCCCUAUAGCCCUAACCGCUAUCAUUAUUUACUCUCGCUCCAUUCUCUCUAUGCUCUUCCUGGGCCAUCUGGGUGACCUCGAGCUCGCCGCUGGCUCUCUUGCUAUUGCCUUCGCUAACAUCACUGGUUACUCUGUUCUCUCUGGCCUGGCUCUGGGCAUGGAACCUCUCUGUUCUCAGGCUUUUGGCGCUCAACGUCCAAAGCUCCUCUCUGUAACCCUUCAUCGCUCUGUGAUUUUCCUUCUAGUCUCCUCAAUACCCAUUUCUCUUCUAUGGCUUAACAUGUCCAAAAUUCUUCUCUAUCUUCAUCAAGAUCCCAACAUCACACGUCUCGCUCACACUUAUUUUCUCUUCUCUCCUGACCUUUUAACCAACUCUUUCGUCCACCCAAUCCGCAUUUACCUUCGCGCUCAAGGUAUUACCCACCCUUUAACUAUAGCAUCUCUUACCGGCACGAUUCUUCAUUUACCUGUUAACCUUUUACUCGUCAAUCAUUUGAAGCUCGGGGUCUCCGGCGUCGCAGCUGCAGCCGCCGCUUCCAACUUCUUUGUGCUCUUGUCUUUAGUUUCUUACGUGUGGUUUUCUGGUUUGCACGAGCCAACGUGGACCAGGCCCAGCAGAGAAUGUUUCAGUGGCUGGAAGCCGCUAAUCCGGCUAGCAGGGCCGAGCUGUGUCUCAGUUUGUUUGGAGUGGUGGUGGUACGAGAUCAUGAUCGUUUUGUGUGGGCUCUUAGCCAACCCGAAAUCAACGGUUGCUUCUAUGGGCAUCCUAAUACAAACGACGUCGUUGCUUUAUGUUUUCCCUAGUUCGCUUGGAUUUGCUGUUUCCGCUCGGGUGGGUAAUGAACUCGGGGCAAACCGUCCUCACAAUGCCAAAUUAUCCGCUGUGGUGGCAGUGUUUAUUUCAGCGAUGAUGGGCCUAACGGCUUCCACUUUCGCAUCGGGAAUGAGAGAUAGGUGGGGCCAGAUGUUCACGAGCGAUUGGGAGACCCUACGGCUUACAUCUGCUGCACUGCCAAUCCUGGGGCUAUGCGAGCUCGGUAACUGUCCACAAACGGUAGGGUGUGGAGUCCUGAGAGGGAGUGCACGCCCGUCCAAAGCAGCCAACGUGAACCUAGGCGCAUUCUACCUCGUGGGCAUGCCAGUGGCCGUUGGACUUGGGUUUUGGCUUGGUGUUGGGUUUUGUGGGCUUUGGCUUGGGCUUCUAUCCGCCCAGGUGUGUUGUGCUGGGCUCAUGCUGUACGUUGUGGGGUCCACCGACUGGGAUUUGGAAUCUAAGAGAGCUCACAUGCUAACGUGCAUCGGCUGUGAUAAUAGGAGAUUGUUAAGUGAAGGUGAGGGCGAAGAAGAGCAGAGAUCAAUUUCCAUUACAGUGACUUCGGCCUGAUAACACCUAAAUGUCUAAAUGUAAAAUUAAUUAUUGCUCCUUUUUUUUGCCUUAUUUGGAAAUUUUUUGGCCCAUGUGGGUUUAUUUUGUGAAUUAUUGAUUUUUUUUUGGGUUGAAAGAGAACUUUGCAUAAAGAAUAUUAUAAAGAAAAAUUUUUGGUUUUA